AUGAAUGCGCUCUGUCCUGCUGCUGGCCACGUCCAGCGCGCUUCGACAGCCAGCUUCGUGCGCAUAGCUCGCCACCAUGCAUACCGGCGACUGGCAUGGCGUGCACAUGUUCGCUGGCUGUCGGACAUCGCCAAGCAAGAGAAUGGCAAGCGUCGCGAGAGCCUGGCGAUUGCAUCACAAUCCAGGUACAACGAGAUUGGCGUGCAGCAACUAAGCUCCCAUGUUUUCAGCCAGAUUUUCCCUGACGGCUGCAAACCGCCUCCCGAAGAACUCGUAAAACUAUCAAAAGACCACUUACAGCGCCAUGACCUCCUUGGCAAAAAUACCGAUGAUUCCGGACCCAUCGCCUUUGACCUGCCCCAGCUGCAGGGGCGAACCCUCGAUGAACACUUCUACAAACUUGGAUCUGAUUGCGCAGAGCCGUAUCUGUCAAACGCGAAACAGUUCGCCCGAGCGAGCGUUCCGCCGAAACCGAGAAAAUGGGUGCGACGUAGUGGGUGGACAAAAUAUUAUCCAGAUGGGCGAAGCGAACCUGUCGAUGUUCCCAACGAGACGAUGCUCUGUUUCGAUACUGAAGUCAUGUGGAAAGAGAGCCCUUUCGCUGUCAUGGCGUGCGCUUCAAGCCCUACAGCAUGGUACGCAUGGCUUUCUCCAUGGCUGCUUGGGGAGUCAAAGAAUGACCGCCAGCUCAUCCCACUGGGUGAUCCGACCAAGGAUCGUGUGAUUGUUGGUCACAACGUUGGCUACGACCGUGCCAGGGUUCUAGAAGAGUACGACAUUAAGCAGUCACGAAAUGCCUUCAUAGAUACCAUGUCGUUGCACGUCGCUGUGAACGGCAUGUGCUCCCAACAGAGGCCAACAUGGAUGAAGCACAAGAAGAAUCGGGAACUUCGAGAACGUAUUGCAAGUCAGACACCUGACAAUGAUCUUGCGGAGCUUUUGAGCAACAAGAGUAUGCACGACGAGGAAGAGCUAUGGGUAGAGCGCAGCUCAGUAAACUCGUUGCGGGAUGUAGCCAAGUUUCAUCUCAACGUGUCUAUCGACAAAGCGGUUCGAGACGACUUUGGCGAAUUAGAUCGCCAAGGCAUUUUGGCAAAGUUGGACGAACUGAUGGAUUAUUGUGCAGCAGACGUAGCCAUCACACACCGUAUCUACCAGAUUGUGUUCCCCAACUUUCUGGAGGUAUGCCCACAUCCAGUCAGCUUUGCAGCUCUGCGGCACCUUGCGUCCGUCAUCUUGCCGGUCAACAAAUCGUGGGACGCAUAUAUAGCAAACUCUGAAGCAACAUACCACAAGCUAUCCGAUGCUGUUCAAGAAAGACUUGUUGGUUUGACGGACAAGGCACUCGAAAUCAAGAACAACCCAGAGAAAUGGCAAAACGACCCUUGGAUGAAGCAGCUGGAUUGGUCCGGACAGGAAGUUCGCAUGGUCAAAGGAAAACGCAAAGACGAUCCGCCGCGGCCUGCAGCCCGACAGAAGAAGCCAGGAAUGCCACAGUGGUACAAAGAUCUGUUUACAAAGAAUGACUCGCCUAUUAGCAUCACCGUUCGCACUCGGAUAGCGCCGCUGCUCCUCAGGCUGGCUUGGGAUGGCCACCCAUUGUUCUGGUCAGACAAAUACGGAUGGACUUUCCGUGUUCCCCGUGGGGAGUCAGAAAAAUACACUGCGAAACAGAUGAUUCAGUGUACGUUUGAUGAAACGGAACCAGCCCUUCGUGAUGAUAGAGAACACGAGUUUUUUAAGCUUCCACACAAAGAUGGGCCUACGGCCCGAUGCGCAAAUCCCAUGGCGAAGGGAUACUUGAGCUAUUUCGAGAAAGGCACACUCUCAUCAGAGUACGAGUAUGCCAAGGAGGCUUUGGAAAUGAAUGCGUCAUGCUCAUAUUGGAUCAGCGCAAGAGACCGAAUCAUGUCUCAGAUGGUAGUUUAUGAGGAAGACAUCUCCGGCAAGAAGUCAGGUAAAAGACGAGCAGCCAAGUCAACUGCAGAUUCCAAGGGCUUUAUCUUGCCACAAGUCAUUCCUAUGGGAACCAUUACGCGCCGUGCCGUCGAAAAUACAUGGUUGACCGCCAGCAACGCAAAGAAGAACCGUGUUGGCUCAGAACUCAAGGCCAUGGUUAAGGCACCCCAGGGCUACUGCUUCGUCGGAGCUGACGUCGACUCUGAGGAGCUCUGGAUUGCUAGCUUGGUUGGUGAUGCUACAUUCAAGAUCCACGGUGGUAAUGCCAUUGGCUUCAUGACACUCGAAGGCACAAAAGCGGCAGGAACAGACUUGCACUCACGGACUGCUGGUAUAUUGGGUAUCACCAGAAAUGAUGCCAAAGUUUUCAAUUAUGGGCGAAUAUAUGGCGCUGGCUUGAAGUUUGCCGCCACUCUGCUGCGACAAUUCAACCCUGGCUUGUCCGAGAAAGAGACUAUGGAAGUUGCUUCGAAGCUGUACGCAAAUACCAAGGGCACGAAGACGAGUCGCAAAGUCAUCCACAACAAGCCAUUUUGGCGAGGCGGGACCGAAUCCUUCGUCUUCAACAAGCUUGAAGAAUUUGCCGAGCAAGAACGGCCACGGACGCCAGUUCUAGGGGCUGGAAUCACUGAGGCGCUCAUGGGCCGGUUUAUCAACAAGGGUGGCUACCUGACAUCAAGAAUAAACUGGGCCAUUCAGUCUUCGGGUGUCGAUUACCUCCACUUGCUUAUAGUUUCUAUGGAUUUCCUCAUUAGGAGAUUCAACAUUGAUGCUCGUCUGGCCAUCACUGUUCAUGACGAGAUCCGAUACCUUGUCAAAGAGGAGGACAAGUACCGCGCCGCCAUGGCUCUCCAGGUGGCCAACGUCUGGACACGAGCCAUGUUUGCUCAGCAAGUUGGCAUCAACGACCUGCCCCAAUCUUGUGCGUACUUUUCUGCUGUCGAUAUCGACCAUGUGCUCCGUAAGGAAGUCGACAUGGACUGUAUUACUCCCAGCCAUCCUACUCCCAUCGCGCAUGGAGAGAGCUUGGACAUCAACACGUUACUAGGAAAGGGAUCGGAGGCCAUGCUAGACCCUGCAAUUGUUCCAGAGUCUCGAUUUGCACCACAACCUGAGCUGUACGAAUACACAGCUCGUGUUCCUGUGAUGGAGACCAUCCAAGACUCUUCGAGAGACAAGUUAUCUUUUAUCAAAGCUCAAAUCGUCGACAGCGAUGACGAACUGCGAGAUAUGGUGAAGGAUAUGAAAAAGGCAGAGGCAGCAAUUGCUGCCAAAGAGAGGCCAGUGACCAAAAGCUCGCUGAAGAAUGUGCUACCAUAUCACGCACACCCACAACUAAUCCCUAUGGAAGAACCCAUGUCCGUGUCUGAGGCCUUGAGCGCCAAGUAUCGGAAUGGGCAAGACGGGAAGAAGCAAUGGUCGUGGACUAGAGCUACUGGUAAGAACCCAAGGACAAGCACGAGGUUGUAA